AGCGGCCGCUGUCGAUUUUGGACAACCUGUGCUAUUGGGCAUUGCACCAACUUUCUCCGUUCCCAUUCCCAGACAUUCGUCGUCCUGAUUUUUCCUGGACGCGUCCCCGGAAGUCCAGACCUUUUCCCCUGGGCAGGUUUUUCAUCCUGAGUCGUUUUUUGACGCUCCUGGGGACCAGCGAGGGCCCCCAGGGGCCGAACAAAACGAAAAACUUGCCGUCCUGCUUUUUCAUCGACGCGAUCGUGUUUGGGUUUCGGGCGGAUCUUCUGCGCGCUGCCAGCGAGGGCUACUCCCAGGACGAAGAGGUCGACAGGAUGACGGCGUACAUCGCCCGGGCGAGGCAGCAGGCCACCCCGGCGGAGGCGCCGGCCGUGGCGCACCGCCUCGUGGAGAAGGCGGGCCCGGGCGUGGAGUGCCCGCACUGCAACCGCGUCAACCGCUGAGGCGAUCGGCAGAGCGUGGCGCCGGGCUCGAAGCAUCGAGGCUCGACUGGUCAGUGCCCCUCGAAGAAGAAGAAGCAGACACACACACACAGAUGCCUCUAACUUAUCGACUGGUCAGUGCCCACACACGGGGUGCCGCAAUUGGCAUCGUUGCCGCUCUGUCGUUUCGCAUGCUUUGCGGGGCGCACUGGCGGAAGCCGCAAGGGGGGACGGCCGUCUCGGAAGGCGGAUGUGGAUGGUGGCCCCUUCAGGAGGCGCGGGGGUUUCUCAGAGGGCGGAGAGGCACCUUCUUAGAAGCCCCGCCGCUCUCUCAGAAGCCCACCCGCGCGUCGGC